UCAGAGGAACACUGCUCUCCAGACAAGAAGGUGAGGUCAGGUAAGGUGUUGGGAACAAGUCUUAGCUGGACGGGGGCUUAAUUAAAUGAUAAGUAUAAAUACCUUUGGUUAUUAUCUAACCAAAUGUGACAGGACCAGUUUGACAGCCUGCAUUCUUCUACACUUGUGCUCACGCUAAAACACACUUUCAGAACCAAAGCAAGGAAAACGCAACAACGCUGACACCUGUACUACAGUGGUGAACUCCACACAGGGAAGAUGAUGUGUACUUGCCUGCGCAGCUCACGCCAUUACAUCCUCUCUGUGAGGCUUAUGGGUACAGUCUCCCACAAGAUGGUGGCUACAGACAAGCCGGCUGGCCUCCUGACGGCCUCUUUGGCCUUUGACGAUCCCAGAGCGUUCCAGGUGAAGAGUAUGGGCGAGUUGCUUCGUGCUCUGGCCAUAUUCCGCUUCUGCUCCUUCCCUGUGUUGGUAAACAACUGUGACAAGCUGAUGUCAGUGGCCCGCAGCAUUCUGGGUAGGCGCCUAUUCUCCUCACUGCUCAGGCCCACGGUCUAUGCUCAGUUUGUGGCUGGGGAGAACGAGAAGGAGAUCUCCAAGUCCAUGGAGAAGAUGAGCCUGCUGGGACUGAGGCCAAUGCUGGCCGUCCCCAUUGAGGAAGAUCUGGGGGAGAGCACGGGGGAGAAGCGAUAUAACGACAACAUGGAGGCCAUGUUAGAAUGUGUGCGCAUGUCGCACAGCAAUUCCUGGAGCAAAGAUCCCAUGAUGCAGUUGAAGAUCACAGCGCUGCUCAGCCCUGAACUGUGUGUCAAACUCACCAACGUGAUUUCCAAACAACCCUACGACCUGGACCUCCUGGUCAGAGCCAUGAAUGGAGAGACCGUCAACUUCCCUGGUUUGGAGGAGAGAGAGGCGGUGCACUUCCACUGCAGCCUGCGGCGACUCAACCGAAUAGCAGAGGCUAGUAUCAACAAAGUGCGCGUCCUGGUUGAUGCAGAGUACACCUUCAUGAACCCCGCCAUGUCCCUUGUUACCAUGGCAAUGAUGAAAAAGUUCAACAAAGAUGGCGCCUGGAUUUGGAAUACAUACCAGUGUUACCUGAAGGAAACCCGGACUCUCCUUUUGGAAGCUCUUGCUCAGUCCAAGGAUGAAGCUUUCUGUCUGGGGGUGAAGCUAGUGAGAGGAGCCUACAUGGACAAAGAAAGGAAGCUAGCAGUGAAGGAAGGUCGCCCGGAUCCCAUCCAAGACUGCUGGGAGGACACAAAUGACAAUUACAAUGGCUUGCUGGAGAUGAUGCUGAAGGUCAUUGCCCAGGACCCUGGAAACUACAGGAUUAUUGUGGCCACACACAACGAAGAGUCAGUGAGGCGGGCGGCCAAAUGGGUUGAAGAGCUGGGCAUAGACAAAAAAGGCGGCUGUGUGUGUUUUGGUCAGCUUUUGGGGAUGUGUGAUCAUGUCUCCCUCACUCUGGCUAAGGAGGGUUAUGCCGUGUAUAAGUCGGUGCCGUACGGCUCGGUGGACGACACUCUCCCCUACCUGGUGCGUCGGGCUCAGGAGAACCGCACCGUGUUGCAGGGGAUCCGAAAGGAAAGGGACCUUUUGAGGAAGGAGUUCCUCAGGAGACUCAGACGGUCAAACUGAGAGCACACUAGACCAGAGGUGUCCAAACCUUUUUCACCAAGGGCCACAUAUUGAUGGUGGUUGGGGAGGCCGUAAGAGUGAAUUGGCAUCCACGUUUUCGUGGGUCUACCCAGGGCAGCUGUGGAUACAGAUGCAGUUAACCAUCACCAGUGUGGCUGUGGAUUAAAUAAAUAAUGGGUUGACUUAAGCGCUUUGGGUACCUCGAAAGGCGCUAUAUGAAUCCAAUCCAUUGUUCUUGUUCCCAUAAUAUUUGGACUUUAUUCCUCAACCUAAUUUUCCAAAAUGUACACCAUUUUUCCCCCCUUUUAAUAUUUCAACUAGGUUACUAAAAAGACAUUUUUCUUCAUAUUACAUUUUUAUUCUCAGAAGUGUGACUUUUUCUCAUGAGAAUACACCUUUUUGGUCUUAGUAUUUUGAAUUUGAUUACAGCUGUUUGUUUUUUUAUUUUAAAAGUAUUUUGUAAAUUUUCUUCUCAUAAUUUAACCCAUAUUUUUAUUAAUCCCACAUUUUAACUUUAUCCUUGUAAUAUAACUUUUUUGCAAACCUAAUUUUCCAAAACUUACAACUUUAGAGUUUUUGUCGUUAGUUUUCAAUUUUCUUGUUUUAAAAUCAUAUUUUUAGAAUGUGCCAUGGGCCAAUAAAAACAACAAAACAGCUUUGAGUAACACAUGGCUCCCGAGCCACAUUUUGGACACCCCUGCGCUAGACAUUGAAUAUUAAGAUGAAUUCAUUUAGUUUGGUAGAUGGCCAAAUGUAGCAGAAGGUAUACACUGGAUGUGGAAGUAGUUUGAAUCAAGCAACACAAACCAGCUAUAUUAACUUGUGAGAAAUUUAAAAAAAAUAUGCACUUUUCUUUUUUUUUCUUGCUGUAGCUAAUAAAAAUGUUUUUGUGAUACUCUGCAAAGAAAAUAACUGUUGUUGACACUUGCAGUCGACCCCUCCCACUGUUUUUAAUGUAAAACCAACAAAAUGUAUGCUUACUAAAAAAAGGACGGCAACAGACUAUUCAAGAUAGUUUAUUUAGAUAACUGAUCACACUUCAACCAAUAAACAGCCCCAGUCAGACAGAUCAGCCGGGUGAUGCUUGAUGAUAAAAUGGAAUGUAAAUAUGCCAAGAUUAGUAGUUGCCUUGGUUCUGAUUCCUGUAGCCUCCUCGCUGGUAGCCCCCCUGUUUGGACUGGUAACCUCCCUUCUGAUCUGUGGAGGCCACACCGAUAACAGUCAGGAGAUGUGCCACUGUAUUCUGCAUACAAAAAUAUCAGUUGCUUCCUCAACAUACCUCUCUGGUAUGACUGUUUCUGUUGAUAUCCGCCUUUCUGAUCUGUAAUCCAAGUGACAACCAAUUAGCAGGAGAAAACAACUUUUGACAAAAGGCUGAGUGGAGAGACGGUGAGUACAGGAAGACACAUUAGUACUCUGAGCUGACCUCUGUUGAAGUAGCCGCCAUAGACACCCUGCUUCAGGUCAAAGACACGCUCAUUAUUCUCCACCAGGCUGCCUAGUUUCUCAGCCAGCUGCAGGGCCAUGUUCUGCAGAGAGGUGGGCUCUGUGCGGUGCAUCACCACCGUCUGUGUGGGCUGGUCCAGAGAGGCCUGCCAGAGAGGGGCAUGUUAAAUACCAACACUAUCAGCCUUUACUAUAGACUAGGAGGAAGCCAUGAAAAUUUACCAUUAGUUCUUCGUUGAUGAUCAUUUUGCUGAUGAUGCUGUGAACUGUGGCGAUCUCCAACUCAAACAUGUCAGACAGCGUUGCCAUGCUGGAGAACACGUAUGGCAAAUUAAAAAGCAGCAACUUUUUAAA